GUCACAACGUUGCUGUUAACAGUAACUAACAAUAUAAAUGCUAGAACGCCGAAAAGUCGGCACACAUUCGUUUCUAACGCGUGCCGCUGAAAGCAACUCGCUAAACUACAGCCCGAAAGUAGACUACAGCAGUUAUAUUCAAACUACCAGUUUUGUUGUUAACAGAGUAAUUACCAAAACCGUUUAAAGCCAAGAGUAAAUCUUUGGAAUACCAGUAUUUUGAAAAUUCACUAAAUUUUAGAAAAUAUUCGUUUCUUCUUUGAUUCUUUGCCGUGUGUUUGCGCAACGUAAAUAAUUAAUUUUGUUUUCGAGUGCUGACAAUUAGCCGCCAAGCAAUAAGCGCGUGAAAUUUUGCAAUUAGAAAAUCGUGUGUGGUCGUGUGACAUUAAUUGGAAAACUUUCAAUUGCUCACACUCACUUAUACAUAUAUACAUAUUUACAAACAUUUAUAUGUAAAUCGCUAAAGUAUUCAAACGUUUUCACUAAGCUGACUCAGCUGUCGUGUGUGGUCUUAGUGUCUUUGUACGCUGAAAUAUUUACUUUUCAUCAAAAAACGCUGUGAUUGCGGCAAAAAGUGUGCGCGCGUUAAUAAACCAAAAAUAGGAAAGUAAGAACAUAAUAAGAAAUUUUAAUUGGAAAAAUCCCAAAAAGUGACGAUAAAUUAUUGGCUGACGUGAAACUAAUAGGUUUGCACAGAUUUUGACAUACUUGUAUCGCUCAUCCAAAGAGCACUUCAACACCGUAAGAGUUUCACGGAAAACACAACAAAGCAACAACUACAACAGCAACCGAAAACAGCAUUUAAAAUGUUGAUGUCAAACCGUUUAGUGAGCUCAUUUAUGUUUGUCUGCAUCAGCGUUAUGCUGUGGCAGCAAAGCUCCGCCGAUGUGCCGGAUAACAACGCACUCGCCAACUUAUACAAUAGCUUGCUGCAACGCGAAUAUGCCGGCCCAAUUGUUUUCCCCAAUCAUCAGGUCGAACGCAAAGCUCAACGUUCGCCUUCGUUGCGACUACGUUUCGGUCGUCGCAGCGAUCCGGAUAUGUAUUUGCCCGCCGAGAAACGUUGGUUUGGUGAUGUAAAUCAGAAGCCCAUACGUUCACCAUCAUUACGUUUACGUUUCGGUCGGCGCAGCGAUCCCAGCAUGCCAUUACAUAGCGAAUUUGAUGCUGUCAUGAACGAUUUGGCUGGCGUAAGCAGCAAUGGUGGCAUAACUGAUGUCGAAGAUGCGGCUGCCUUUUACGGUGAUGAGUACCCUGAAGAUCUGUAUGACGCUGGUUUUGAACGUAUAGUACGUAAGCCACAGCGUUUGCGUUUUGGUCGCAGCUUGCCAAGAAUCCAGAAUAAUAUCGAUGAUGAAUUGGAGAACGAACAACUUCAACAGACCGACGAUUUUUUUAACUCCCUAUUAACAUCAGAAAAACUGCACAACAUGUUGCUUUCACUCCGUCAGUAUGAUUCCGACAAUGACGAAUUCCAACGUGAAGUACGCAAACCAUCGCCGCUCCGUUUGAGAUUUGGCCGCAGCGCCGCCGGUACUACUGAACAGAAGAAGGUCACUGCACAAAAUGCCAUUAAUGUUGAAAAACCUGCGCCAGCAUCACAACCACAGCAAGCACAAGCUAAGAAUUAAAUGCCGAAUACUUAAAAAUAACAAAAAACAAAAACUAGAUAAUUGGCAAAGGCAGAAAAACUCACUGAAAAUUUUAACCCAUAAAAAAAUAUAUUAAUUUAAUAUUAAUACGUACUAACAUACCCCCCAAAAAAAUGUGCGCAAUAUUGUUAUAACCUAACCUUGUAAACAUGCAAACAUAUGUGUCCAUAAAAUUGAAUGUUAAAUAAAAAUAUUUAUGAAAAUAUUAAAGAAUACUUAAAUUUGCUUACACAUGUUUUUAUUUGACGAAAAGCUGUUGUGCAAUGCGGCUUGGUUGAAUAUCCUUUUUUUAAGUUUCCUUCUUACCUUCCGGUAUUUCCUCAAAAACUAAAUAUGAAAUUGCUCUUUAAGUAUUAAACCUUUUUUUUAUUUUUUUUUCUUUUAUGUCUAUUUUUUAAUAUUCAUUUGUAAUCAAUAUUUUUUUAAUAAACCGAAAUAUUUUUAUUUAAAAAUUUGUUUAUAUUAUAUAAUUUAUAUUAUUUUUUUUAAAUAAAAUUUCUAAUCAAAAAAUCUUUAAUGAAAAAAAUUAUUGGCGUAAAUUCUUAGUGGUCUAAAUUUUAACAAAAAUUAAAUUUUUAAAAUUUUAAAACUUAUUACUUAGGCUUACUUAUUAGAAACUAAUUUUUUGCCAUAAAAAACCAGAACAAUGCUAUUCGAAAUUUUUGCAGACAAUGGACGUCAAGUAGCGAUCUGAGUUUCAAAGUCAAAUAUUAAUUAUAAAAAAAUAAAGAUCUUUGUUUAAAAAAUUUUUGAAUUUUACAAUUUUGGCUUAAUUUAAUUGUAUUUAAUAAUUUUUUUAUAUUUUGAAUAUCAAGUUCUUUGUUUUUUUAAUUUUUUCCAAUUUUUCCAUUUUUGUGCAAUUUGGCCACCCCAAGCAGUAUAUUUUAAUUUUUAUUAAAAUAUAAUAUUUAGUAAAUAAUCUAAGCUGAGUAUUUAUAAAAAAAUAAUAUUGUUUAUGUGUUUGUUUAGUGUAUCUGUAAAAUUAAAAAAAAAUAACCAAUAAAAUAUACAUCCAUAUUUAUAUAAUCGAAAAUAUACACUAUAAAUAAAUUAUAUUAUUGCUAAAAUUAAAAACACCUUUGAAUUUUCAAAACUGAAAAUAAAAAAUUGGCCCCCUGAAGAAAAUUAAAUUGAAAUUUAGUAUGCAAAAACAAAUAUUCUAGUUUAAGACUUUGUUUUUGCAUGUUAAACGGCGAAAAUUAAAAUCCUAAUUUACAAAAUAAUUAAAAGAAUUCAUUAAAAUUAAUUAGCAGGUACUCCAUUAUGCUAAAACAAUUAGAAAAAUGUGUGUUAAAUAAAAACAAAAAAUUAUAAAAUAUUACAAAAUAAAAUUUUAAAAUAUUACAAAAUGAAAUUAUAAAAAAUUAAAAAAAAUUAUGAAACGUAUGCUGGAAAAUAAACUGUUUUGUUUUUCAUUUACACCAUCAAUGAAAAUGUAAAAAGAUCUUACACAGCUAACACCAAAUUUAUUUCUUUUCAACUUUUUUAAUUGUUUAAAGUCUAUUAGAAGAAGAAUUUAUUAAACAUUUACAUACAUACAUAUACACGCUAUAAUAAAACAUGUAUGUGAGAAUUACCACAAAUCUUUAACGAAAACAUAUAUCUAUAUAUAUAAAUACCUAUAUGAAUGUGCAAUUAUUAUUAAAGAAAAAAGUCAUCAAAGUUUUAAAUUUAGUAUAAAAAAGACUACUAAACUUGUAUACACACACAAACAAAUUACUUAGCGCAAAUCACUAACAUUGACAUUAAACUAAUUACAAAUUAUUACAAAAAAAAAACAAUUAUAUAGAACAUCAAAACUAGUCAAUGCAUAAGCAAAUUAAACAAAAUACAUACAUACAAAUAUAUAUCUAAACUAUAAAUUAAAAAAAGGCAAACAACAAAUAUUUAUAAAUGUAAAUACAUAUAUAUAUAUAAAUAUAUAUACAUUACAUAUAUAUAAAAGUGUAAAACUAAAAAACUUGAUUUUAUUUGCGAAAAAAAUACAAAAAAAUAGUUAUUCUUAACACCAUUUCGCAUUGGUAGUUUAAGUAUGGAAAAUGUGGCUGAAACAAACAAUGAGAUAAAAACAAACAACUCGCAACAAAGCAGUAAUAGUAAUUGCAGCUAACACUUUUACAUUCUCAUGACGUUUAUGUAGUGGACCAGUGGUGUACUUUGAGGAAAUGAAGCAACUUAGCGCAGCUACUUACACACAAAGCAAGAAACAAAAACAAAAACAAAA